AUGCCCUGCGUGCGACUGGGAAAGCAUCAAUCAAUCAUUCCCCAUCCCCCGCAGGCAGCGCGCAGCUUCUUGUGCCACCUCAUCGAAGCCGAUGUGGGAUCGUGGCCACAUCGCCAGCCGUCGAAGCCUGUCCGUCGUUCCAACGACCGGCCGGCCGACAUGGGAGACAAGAAAGGUCCGCCUGCCCCACCACGCAGGAAGAUUGACGGGAACCAUGCGCCUGUGUUGUCGAGAGUUGCUGCCAGCGUCGAGAACACGCGUGGUGCUGGCCCAAAAGCCGCGUUUCUGACACGUCGGUUGAACGGGGACUGGGGUUCCUAG